AAAACUAGCAUCUUUCUGUGCUACGUAUCUAGCCUCCAGCGGAAAUCCAAAAGUGAAGUGCGUCUGCUGUUAAUGCAAGUCGGAUUGGAAUCAACUAUUAAAAACAUGAUGACCUGAUGUUUAGAUAAAAUAAGUAUUUUCCGUGCCUUCCCUUCCCUCGAAUUAGACUAUAAGCGUUUUAAGUUACAACUUAAAAUGGGUGAUUUUUUGCGCAACGUAUUGUCUAAUUUUAUGUCCGAUAAGUGCUACAAUGAAUUUUUCAUUAAAUUCAACUUUUUUGAUGUUGAAUGCUUGAAACAUACAAUUAGCAAGGCUUUAGGAACUGGAAUAAUUGCUGGUUCAACAUUAGUGAAAUUUCCUCAGAUUUUAAAACUUGUAAAUGGUAAAAGUGCUGUAGGUAUCAGCUUUUUAGGAGUUUUACUCGAACUGAUUGCUGUAACUUCUUCUUUUGCAUAUAACUAUGCAAAAGGAUAUCCAUUUAGCUCAUGGGGUGAAUCUGUCUUUUUAAUGAUUGAGACUGCUAUCAUAGCCUUUUUAGUUCUCUUGUACAAUAAAAAGACUGGACAGGCAAAUGUUUUUGCUGCAUUGUACAGUUUGGUCACUUACAUGCUGUACAGUGGGAUAGUGCCAAUGAAUGUACUCUGGAAUAUGCAAGUUGCAAAUGUUCCAAUAGUUGUGUGCGGAAAAAUGAUCCAGGCUUUCAAGAAUUUCCAAAAUGGACAUACAGGCCAAUUAUCUGGCAUAACUGUGAACCUUCUUUUCCUGGGCGGUCUUGCAAGAAUCUUCACUUCCAUUCAAGAAACUGGAGAUUCCAUGAUUGUAUUCACUUUCAUCAUGGCUACUUUGGCCAAUGGCGUCUUGGCCGCUCAAGUGCUCUAUUAUCGCAAAGAAACAGCUCGUGUUCUUCUCGAAGCUAAAAAGAAGAAGAAAGCGAAUUAAAAAAUAAUGACUGUUGCCAGAUUUUUUGACAAAGAAAUGAAAUUGCUGUGAUCGUCUGUUUGAUUGUAAGAGCGAAUGAUCAACCGAUUGUGAAAUUUUGAAUUAAAAAAAAAAGUCGUUUGCGAAUUGGCGUGCAAAAUCAUUUGUGAAAAUUAGGCGUUUAAUCAGAGAUUAUAACAGAUGCUGAGUUCGAAUUUUUAUAUUCAUACUUCUAAUUGAAUUUUAGAUGUAAUUAUAUUUUUAUUUCAUUAAAUAUUUCAAAAGAUGAUUUUAUGCUGAAAUGUCACAGAUGCAUUAAGUUCUUUUUUAUGGACUUAUUUGAUUUAUUUAUGCUGUUUCGUACACUUAAUUUUAAAUUAUUUAUUUAUUUUAUUUCUAACAUCUGUCUUUACGGUGCUUCUGACUUCUAAACAUUUUUUUACGGUCUGUUAUAUAAUAUCUGUAUAUCAGCUUACAGUUUUUUUUUUAAAUUCUUAAUAUUUAAUCUAUUAAAAGAACAAUCUUUACGUUUGUAUUAAAAUAUUUUUAUUCAAUCGAAUGUUCAUUGUGACAUUCUAUCAUUUUUGAAAUUCAUUAGUCUUGUACUGCACGAUUUUUUUUAUUUACCUGCAAAAGCUUUGUAAAUCUCUCUAUAAAUACGUGCAGGAAAAAUUUUUUAAUUGAAGUUUAUUUAUUUAUUAUUUAAUAAAGAGUUCUGUACGAAAAACUUUUUAAGUUAAAGUCGUAAAGUCGUUAAAACAAAUACCUUUUCAAUGACUUAUUUUUUAAAAAAAAUAAUUGAAAAAAUGAUAGCACUCUAAACAUGAUUUACUCUGCAGUGUAGGGUUAAUAUUCUUAACUUUAAGAACAACAUUAUUUAUAAUGCGUUAAAAAUUGUAAACUAGGCAGAUGGUUUUGUGUUUCAAGAGCGUAGCUCAAACCUAAAACAACAACAACAACAACAAAAAAAAAAACAUAUCUUUUUUCGGAUCAUUUCGUAGUAUUGUGUACAUUCCAAUUUUGCACAAUUGUGUGUUACUGUUUAUAAUAAAAUUUUUGUAAUUCAUGAAUAAAUUAAGCCUGAAGAAUCUCAUUGUCUUUAUAAUUCCAUAAGCCAAAAACCUUUUAGAACUGUGAGAACUCUCAUACUGUAUAUUUAUUGAACCCAUAGUGAGAUAUAAUUAUAAAGCUUCUAGUGAAACUAUUUUAUUACUUGUGACGCAAGCACAGUUUCAUUUUUUUUAUUUCAUCAUUUUGGCAUCGUAUGAUUUUGACUGGAUCUAUUUUUUAAAUAGUAUUUAUUCUUUAAGAUUUAUAUAUAUAUUUUUUUUUGUCGAAAGACAUUUUAUUUGUUGACGUCUCAAUAACAUGCAAUGUAUAGGUAUAUUAUAUUUGAUUAACAUGUAAAUUGUAUUUAUACUAGCAUAUAAUUAAUAAGAAAAUAUUUGUACGAAUUUGUCUGAAUAAAACAGCGAUUUUUAUAAAUUUGA